UUAAUGUCGAAGUAUUUACUUAACAAUAUUUGUACAUAUUCAUAGUGAUGUUAAAUAGUUAUUAAAUAAAUUCAUUUUUAUUUCCAUUAAUCAGUCAAAAUCUAAUGCAGAUUCACAUACACGUCGAUGUAAAUGCCGAGGGACAUGUCAAGCACGGUGUAGUUGUAGACGUUCUGGUCGUCCGUGUGUCCCAUUGCGUUGUUACUGCGUUUCAGGUCUAUGCAAAAAUCGUUCAGAUUCAUCAUCGCAAAACAGUCAAAUGGUCAGUUCAGUCGAAAAUCCUGCAACUGUUAUGGGACCACCAUCUGGAUUUCCCGUUAUAUUACGUCCCAAACGUAAAACUCGUGCAUUAUAAAUUUGAUUGAAGAACAACAAAAAUAAACAUAUGACUCACACACUGAUGAAUGAAACGUAUAGUUUAAACAAACAACAAACUUGUUCAUCCAUAUCAGAAAAUAAUGAUAAUGAUGAUUUACCAUCUCCAACUGACAAUUCACAACUAUCUGACGGCAUCGUCAUCUGAAGUUUCUAAGAUUAAUUUAGAAACUCAAAUAUGUGAAUUGGAAUCUCAACUAAUGACAGAGAAACGAAAAUCUGAGGAGAAUUCAAAAUCUAAUGCAGAUUCACAUACACGUCGAUGUAAAUGCCGAGGGACAUGUCAAGCACGGUGUAGUUGUAGACGUUCUGGUCGUCCGUGUGUCCCAUUGCGUUGUUACUGCAUUUCUGGUAUAUGCAAAAACCGUUUAGAUUCAUCAUCAGAAGACAGUCAAAUAGUUAUGGGACCACCAUCUGGAUUACCCGUUAUAUUACGUCCAAAACGUAAAACUCGUGCAUUACAAUUAAAUAAAAUCUCCAACUGACAA